AUGAAGGUGGAAGAUCAAUCUAGUCCCAAGGAUGAGGAUAUCCUCAGCCAAACACAAGAUCCGCUGGAAAGAAGGAGAUUGCAGAACCGGCUUUCUCAAAGAAAUCACCGUCGCAAGAUCAGAGAACGCAUCGCUAAGCUUCAAGAGCGCGUAAUCGCCAACGAACUCAGAGCGGCAGCUGCUCUCAACGGAUGGGAUCAGGCAUAUAACCCGUCACUAUUCCCAAGGUCUCAGUCCUCCUCGGAGAAUGAACUCGGCUUUACCUCGAGAGAUGUCUCCCCUUUAAUCCCAGACCAGUGCACUCCAUUCAUGCCACCAUAUCCUCUUUUCUCCCAAGCGUGGCCAAACGACUUCAAUACAUUCCCGCAAAAUGGGUAUCCUGGCGAUCUAUCCCAAUUUACCGGAGUCAGUGAAGCGAGUCCAAGAUCCCCUGCGACAAGCGCUCCAGCACAAACCCACAGCAUGUCACCACCCAGUUCUGCUCCCGGAGACACAUACAGGGAAAUGAUAGGAACCCCGGAGGCUUUGAUACCAGACUCCUUGUCUACAUCAGCACCCAAUCAGCCGCUGUACUACGUUGCAACUGAAGCCGCAUUGCCUCAAAUAAUCCAUGUCAUCAACACCAUGUCUCCCGAAUACAAAGUGAUUGUUCUGGUUCCUCCAGAGUCGCCAGCAUCGGCUUCGAUACCUUCGUUCCCUUCACCAACCUCCCCCUAUGGUGGUCAUAACGGGCCGGAUCAUGGUCCUGCAGCACAACAGUCUACCUCCCAAAACUUGGGUUGUCUGUGUUAUCCCCACAAUAUCCACUCCACACCUACGCAGUUUGCUUCAAGGCCAUGGAUGGGCGGGGGGUCAUAUACGCAAACUUGUCCUCUGCACAAGGUGGCCAAUACAGUACCCCCGAGGGGACCCUUUCCUGUCAGGAUGCUGUGA